CCCAAAUUGCUCACCCAAAACCAACCCAGUUUUGUACAGAGCCACACGGAUUGCUUGCCAGCGUCCUGCCAUGCCACCACAGUGAGGCCCUCGACAGCAAAAGCGCCAAGCGCACCCAGCAAAGAGACCAAAGGGCAUGAUCAAUUCAUAGUCUCUGCAUAUUCUUGCGUCUCCCGUGCUCAAGAUUCAGAGUGAAUGGGGUGGACUAUGAAGGAAGCUUGUUUUGUGUUGGAAAUAUGUUGAUGUCAGUGCAAGAUCACCAGCGCCCAGAUCAUCAAAACCAGCAACAACAACACCGGCGGGCAGAGACCACAACUCCCUCCUCUGCUACUCCAUUGAAGACGACCUCACCUGCCUUGAGGGACUUGGGCAACAGCCACACCAACGAUCCGCAGAAGAAAAGGCCACAAACCGAUCUUUGACAUCCGACCAAGCCAUGAGCAUGCACUUCUCACGUGACUGCGACUCCUGCGAUGAUGACGGUUUCGAGUUCGUCUCGUUUCAAAGUUCCGGAAGCCAGGAGGAGGAGGAUGAAGACGAUGCUGAUGCUCUGCCGUCAUCGUCGUCCUCCGACAUGGGGAUGAAGACGAUACUGAUGCUCUGCCAUCAUCGUCGUCCUCUGACGUGGAUGUUCUUGAGGCAGAGUUGGCGGAUCAGCUGGAGAAGACGAGCUGUGAUGGUGACCUUGUGGACGGUGACAUGCUCGACCUCCUGCACGCCGCAUCUCCUUGAAAACCAUCACCACCUCUAGCUGCGAGGACAUCACCCUCGCCGGAAAACCUCCGCAGGCGAUAUGGCCGCCGAGUUCUCCAGCUGCGUCGAGUACGACCUCGGGCUCUCGAAGCGGGUGUUCUACGGCAAAGAGUCGGUUCCAGACCCGUCGGCGAUGACCAGGUCAUCGGAGUCGUACUUGCCGGAGGAUCCGAUGGUAUACGCGGUCGUACCCGACCCCUCAGUCGUGGAUAAUCCGGACAUUCCGAGCUACCAGCCGUACGUUCACGGCAUGUGUGAGCCGCCGGCUUUGAUACCUCUGCAUAUGCAUGGGAUAGCUAUGGAAAUCGAGAGCUAUUUGGACACUUUCCUGUUUACUUCUGAGUCUGUGAAUGAGGGACACCCUGAUAAACUCUGUGAUCAGAUUUCUGAUGCAGUUCUUGAUGCCUGCCUUGAGCAAGAUCCCGACAGCAAAGUUGCCUGUGAGACUUGCACCAAGACCAACAUGGUCAUGGUCUUUGGAGAGAUUACAACCAAAGCCAAAGUGGACUAUGAGAAAAUUGUACGUGACACCUGCCGUACGAUUGGAUUUGUUCCAGAUCAUGUUGGCCUUGAUGCUGACAACUGCAAGGUCUUGGUUAACAUUGAGCAUCAGAGCCCUGAUAUCGCUCAGGGUGUCCAUGGCCACCUCACCAAGAGGCCUGAGGAAAUUGGUGCUGGAGACCAGGGUCACAUGUUUGGUUAUGCCACUGAUGAGACCACUGAGCUUAUGCCUCUGGUUUGGUGCGACUGUGCUGAAUGGAUGUAUCCCAUAUCUUCUUUAAAGAUAUUGACAGCACUUGUUCCACUCAAAUUUGCUGUCUUGGUGUCUGUCCUCAGUGGAAGACAAUGAUGAAAUUGAUGUCUUUCCGCUCUAGCAGGCAUGCCUAAAAAAAGUGAUCAGCUUAGUGGAAAGCUUGUGAAAACCCACCGAAAAAAAAAAAAGAAAAAGAAAAAAAGAAUCACUCAGCAAGGGCAUAAGUGAAAGAAUAAACGAUAAGAUUUCUGCUCCCUUA